AUGGCGGACCGUGUCAAGCAAGUUGCAGCCGAAGAGGCGGAUCGAGUCAAAACCAUGACCCAAGAGGCUGUCAGAUCUCGAGCAUACCUCUAUCCCCUCAAGGGAAUUUUCUACUUUCUGUCUCACAAAGACCUCUGGAAACCGUUGACUGCGAAGCUGGCACCGACCUUGACCCUGAGCAUUGGCGUCACCACCUUCAUGUUCCUCAUUGCCUAUGUUCCUCAAGUUGCCAUCAUGGCGUUCACUUCCGGUCCAGUUGCAGCAAUCUCGGCGGCCUUGCUCACACUCAGCGAGAGUUCGACCCUCAUCAAUCUCUUUUCGAGGACAUUCCUGAUAGAGGAUGCCUUAGUUGACACUUUCGACGGUACACUACUCUCUCGGGAAUGUACGAACCUGGUUGAGGGAGGCAGACAGAUCAGAGCUGGAGGGGACAAUAUUGCGCGACUGGGGAAAUUGGUCAAGAGACCGUUCGCAAAGUUCACGCCCAAUGCGAUCAUUCGUUACGUGCUCUACCUGCCGCUAAAUUUCAUCCCGAUAGUGGGCACGGCCAUCUUCAUUGCACUACAGGGAAAGCGAGCUGGACCAGCAGCGCAUACGAGAUACUUCCAACUGAAAGAAUGGAGCAAGUCAAAGAGGGAGGCACACAUUGAGUAUCAUCGUGGAGGAUAUACUGCAUUCGGGGUGGUGGCAUUCGUGCUGGAGAUGAUCCCCUUCGCCAACCUCCUUUUCGCAUUCACGAACACGGUGGGCGCGGCGUUAUGGGCUGCUGAUUUAGAGAAGAAUGCGACACCCUCGUCAAACGUGCGGGAACUUGCAAAGAAGGCCGAAUGA